AUGACGAUUGGAGCAGCGGUAGGAAGCACUUUGAUGGGGUUGAUUGACCCUCUUCUUGCCAAGCUCGGCAGCCUGCUAGAAGGGGCGUAUCAUAAGCUUAGAUACCUGCAGCCGGGGAUCACCUCCUUGCGACAUGAGCUGGGCAGCAUUAAGGCUGCACUGGAGGAUCUAUCCCAUUUGGAGGAGUCAAGCUCGCUAGUGAAGGCGUGGAAGGGUCACCUGCAGGAGCUGUCCUACGACAUAGAAGACUGCAUCGACGACUUCGCGCAACGCCUGGGCGAGGACCAGGAUCACGUCCACGAUGGGCUCAUUGCCAGGAUCACUGGCUGGCUCAAGACGAUGCAGCUGUACCACCAGACGGCUGGGCAGAUUGCCGAGCUCAGAGAGCAUGCUGUAGAGGUUAAUGACCGACGUAAGAGGUUCAAGUUGGAUACUGCCACCCCUUGUUGUUCUAGCACCGGGGGAAUUGAUCCCAGGCUAUUGGCACUCUUCGAGGAAGAGGAUAGGCUCGUCGGCGUGGAAGGGCCCGAGGGCGAGCUCAUCAAGUGGCUCACCGAUGGCGUGAGGCAGCGGAGGGUCGUCUCCGUUGUUGGAUCCGGUGGCUUGGGCAAGACUGCGCUUGCAAACCUUGUAUACAAGAAAAUCAAGGGUGACUUUCAUUGCGCGGCUUUUGUAUCGGUUUCUCGGAAUCCUGACAUCAACAAGAUUCUCAGAGAUAUACUCCGGGGAGUGCUUGAAACGAGCAACCCGACAUCGGACGAUCAAAGGCAGCACAUGGAUCAGAUAGAGAAAAAUCUUGAUAGUGGACCACUAGAAACCUGUCAACUCAUAGAGAUGACUAAGAAGUAUCUCGAAAAACUCAGGUAUUUUAUUGUGAUCGAUGACAUAUGGUGCAAACAGGCAUGGGAAACUAUCCAAUUUGUGUUUCCCUUUAAUGAUUGCACAAGUCGAAUAUUGACGACUACACGCAUUAAUGAUGUAGCAACACAUUCUUGCUUUCCGCAAAGAGAGUUUGCAUACUCUAUUAAGCCCCUUAGCAGUCAUGCCUCCAGGAGAUUGUUUUUUAGCAGAGCAUUUUGUCUUGAGGAGGAAUGCUCUCAGGAGUUGCUAGAAAUUGUAGAUGAAAUCCUGAAGAAAUGUGAUGGCUUGCCAUUGGCUAUAAUCAAUAUAGCUAGCCUAUUAGCAACUAAAGUAGCUACUCGACAGGAAUGGAAGAAGGUUUUGGACUCUAUUGGCUCUACAUUCGAUGAAUACCACGAGCUAGAACUAAUUAAAAGGGUACUCCUUGUUAGCUACCGGGAUUUACAUCAUCAUUUGAAGACUUGUUUAUUGCACCUAAGUGUAUUCCCAGAAGAUCAUAUAAUUGGUAGGGACCGAUUGAUAUGGAGAUGGAUUGCCGAGGGAUUUAUUGUUGGGCAGCUUGGACAAAAUCGGGAGGAAGUAGGAGAAAGGUACUUUAAUGAACUCAUCAACAGGAAUAUGAUCGAGGUAGUGGAUAUGGACUACAGUGGUAGCGCUAUCAAUUGUCGUGUGCAUGAUAUCAUAUUGGAUCUUCUUGUAUCUCUUUCGACUGAAGAAAACUUUGUUACUAUACUCAAUGGUCAGAAGUUGAUAUCUUCGAAUAAGAAGGUUCGUCGCCUAUCCCUCCAAGGCAAUUGUGAAGAACAUAACGAGUGGUUGUGUAGCUGUACAAGUAAUUUUUCUCAUGUCAGAUCACUCGGUGUGUUUGGUGAUUGCAAGGAUCUUCCCCGGCUCAAAGGCCUAAAAACUUUGCGGGUACUAGAUAUAGAGGAUUGUUAUCAUCAAGAAGAUAAUGUGCAACAUACUGAGGACAUUGGGAGUCUACAUUUAUUGAGGUAUUUAUAUUUCACCAAGGUCCCAAGAGAAAUCGGGAAUUUAAAAUUGUUGCAGACACUAGAUGUGAGUUGUCUAUAUGUACAAGAACUGCCUGCAACCAUUGUGCAACUACAUCAGUUGGUUCGCCUGUUCGUGCGUGUAGGUGUCAGAUUGCCAAAGGGGAUUAGCAACAUGAGAUCUCUUGAGCAGUUGAUGUGGUUUUCUGUCUGUGAUAAUGAUGUGGGCGUCGUGCAGGAGCUAGGUGAUCUCAUUAAACUACGGGCACUCCAGAUACAUUGGGAUGAAUGUACAGGUGGCAACAUAGAAAGAUAUCAGAAUUCUGUGGUGUCAUCACUAUGUAAGCUAGCAAAGCAUAGGCUCCAAAAACUACGGGUCAUUGGUUCAUGGAAAAACAAUGUAGAUUUCUUGAUCAGUUCAUGUCUCUCUAAUGUCCAACAUUUUAGUAUGUUUAGACACGGGCCUCAUUUCCAUAGGAUUCCCAAGUGGAAUUCCUCGCUCUCCACCCUCAUUUACCUAGACAUCAAAGUGGAAGAGGUGCAACAGGAAGAUCUUAAGCUGCUCAAAGACUUGCCUGUCCUGGUAUACCUAGGCCUACAAGCAACGAAAUUAAAUCAAGAAGCACUGAGCAUAAACUGUAGUGGAUUCCGUUGCCUAGGGCUGUUUUAUUUUAUCCUACCGUAUGACCAACUUGAUUGUACAACCCUUGAAGACACAAAGGAUGGACUAGCUCUGAUAUUUGAAGAAAGAUCAAUGCCAAAACUAUGGUGGCUUAAGAUUGAAUGUGCUGCGCAUGAUAUGGUAUCUGAGCAAGGCAUUGAAUCUGAUUUUGGCGUUCACCACCUAAAAUCUCUCAAGCGUCUCGAGGUUGAGAUCAAUUGUACGGGUACCAGGGCCUGGAAGGUGGAUGCCGCAGAGUCUGCCAUUAGAAAUGCUGCAACCUCUCAUCCCACCCACCCCACGCUUUACAUCAACAUAUUUCGAGAACAUGAAAUGAUAAAUGAUUAG